UCAUUUCUACUUCCCUGUCAGAAGUGAGGGAGGCUUAUGAAACUAUGUUCAUUAGCACAACAAUGUGGUUUCUUGUAUUUGCAUUGGGAUGUACCUAUGGAUAUGAAAACAUAGCUUUGAAUAAACCCACAAAACAAUCGAAUCCUUAUAAAAGUAAUACUCAUGAAGCUGCUACAUUCGAUUCCAGUAAUGCUGUUGAUGGUCUGAAGACUGACCUCUCAGCUUUCAAAGGACAAUGCGCUCUUUCAGCUGAUGGCUACAAUAACGCCACCUGGUGGGUGAACUUAAGGUCCAUCCACAGCAUCCAUUAUAUAAGGAUAUAUUACAGGACGGACAAUGCACCAUGGGAUGAUUCUAAUGGCUACACAGCUAGGUUUUUGGGAUUUUAUGUUUAUAUAUCUAACACAACGGACAUUGGAUAUGGUCAUCUAUGUUUCCACGACACAAUCUACAACAAAACCACAAUACCCGCUGUUAAAAACAUUACCUGCCCUGUACAUGGACAGUAUGUCAUAUAUUUCAACGAACGACCACAGGAAUCACCAAAUGCUGAUCAAUUUUCAAAGACUGCACAUAAUGAAUUAUGUGAAGUGGAGGUAUAUGGUAUGUUUUAA